AUUUUCAAUACGCUGAUUGGUUAGACACGCAACGAGGACCAUUCUGCAACGCUACAGACCUGGUCCACGGAUCUAAAGGUCUCUAUUCUCGUGCUAGCAAGGCGUUCGUGUUCAGGCGUUAACAAUAACUACGGCAGCGACAGCGAAAAGCCUUACAACUAUGAGCUCCGAGACCCCAGAGACGGAAUGCAGUCCUUUUAACACAGAGAUUUUUGAUCUUGCCUGCCUUGGGCCUGCUUUUGCCAUUCUUAUAGGUCUUUCGUUCUUUGUAAAGAGAAAAAACUCACAAGUUUGCCGUGGUAGAUUUGGAGUACUUAUUCCAAUGAAUUUCCUACAAGAUCACCACAAGAACAGACUUGUGUUUGCAAUGGUGUUUGGGGCAGUUUCUGGAUCCUGCAUAAAUCUUGCUGUGAGUGCCAUUUUUGGCGUUCAGUUAUAUGCAGCUGCUUUCAAUUCACCCUGGAAAAAAGCGUUUACCAAAGUUGCUAUGGUCCUACUUUAUGUAGUCCUCAAUUACCCAUUCUUUGCUUGCUUGUCAACAAACCAGCAAUUAGUAGGUGCUAUACUCGGGAUGGCCUACACUUUGCUGAGGUUGGUUGGACUGUUGGUCGCAGUUUCCUACUGUACCAACCCAUACAACGUGUCUGAGAGUACCGGGAUAUUACAGUAUUCCGGCGCUUUGGAACAGUUACCUGUCAUCAUUUGUCAUAUCAUCUUGUUCCUCUGUUUUUGCCGAUGUUUAACCAAGAAAAUUCUAAAAAGAACGGAAAUUACAAAUCAGGCUUCGAGACAUCCCUCAGUAGCUGAGGAACACGACAAAAUCCACGUGAGAUUGUUACUUCGCAACCAGCUAGAAUCAAGCACGGUGAACACGGAUCGGUGGUACAUCAAGUUACUGAAAAAGAUCUACACCACAAGAACCGACUUCAAGUUUUCCACGCAGAUCGUGAGCAUGUUUGCAGUGAUCGCUGUGUCUAUUUAUGCUAUGACCGUUGCUGAGUUGGUGGCAGCUGAAAUCCUCCGCAAAGUAAUCCCCCCGGAAUUUGGCCCCUACUAUCAACAUAUCUGGCAUGUUAUUGUUAUAGAUUCUUGCAUAGCGGCUGCGGUCAUUUGUACGACGCUCACGAUUCUUCAAAUGCUUCACUUCGCCAAGUGCCACAGGGACCAUGUGCUUCUGUCCUUUAAAACAAGAUCAUACAGAAAGCCUUCUCAUCUGGUGGGGCAAAGUUUGAGUUAUUGUGGCUUCCAGAUCGGCUACACAAUACUCAGUAUGAUAAUUCUGUUCAUAUUCUUGCUUCUCCUCUUCGGAAUUAUGGCAAUUACAGUUCUGUUGCUUCCACGACUUGAAGAGAAAGUGAAACUUUAUCUGAAAAACCUAAUUUUGAGCAUACUGCCUGUACUUGUUGUCACUGUACUGAUCAUGGUAAUUCAGAAAUUACUUACGCUGUUCGUCUUCCGUGAUCGACAGUUGCCUGACGUCACUGUUACCAUUGACAACCAACGCCUUUUCUGCGUGAUGUCGUUGGUGUUCUUCAUGAAUAACGUCAUCGUGGGGAUUGCUUCUGCCGUCAGUCGUGGACUGAAGAGCUUGAUUCUCGGUUUCGUGUUCCUCCCUCGCAUUGACCGCACGCCCUUAAUGCAACAGUACCAAUACUGGGACAAAGGCUACCUGUCGUACGUCGGUUUCAUCAACGUCCUUAAAGCCCACAGCCACCCCGUCAUGCUGGUAUUUUGUCAGUUGCUUUUGAACGCAACCUGGCAGCGACACACAAAUAACGCCGUGGAUAUCGGAGAAGUCGCCUUUGGUGGCUUAGAAGAAGAAGGGCGCCCGCCAGUAUUUCGAAGCAGACCAGCAGCCAACCGCUGGUUCGUGGCAGUGACACUCCUGCGUAACCCUGGGCUAGCGAAGUACAGGAAAUCCGAUGACCUGGUAUUGCAGAAUGCUCUCGAAAGAAAUAAAAUGCAGCGCAGAGAUUUGCCUAUCUAAGCAGGGCUUAAAGCCCAGUGCAAACUGCGCCAGCACCUGCCAGCAUUGCUGGCGAAUUUUCGCUUGACUGACUAUAGGACAAAGGAAAUGUCAAAAUGGGAAAUGGACUUUCUGACAUUUCGUUUGUCUUGUGGUCAGUCGAACAAGAAUUCGCCAGCAAUGCUGGCUGGUGGGUGCUGGCGCAGUUUGCACAGGGCUUAACAUGUUUAACACAUUUCAAGGAAAAAAGGAACAUUGUUGGAUUUUAAACCACUUUGGUGAUAAAAGUUUUUGAUAAUACCACAAGUUAGUAAUGUUAGUUUGGUAAUAAUGUUAGAAGUGUAAAUAACAAAACACUUUAGAAAAAUACUUGUCAGAUGCCGAUUUGGUUAGAGUGUUUUUCAAAAUCCCGUGAAACAAAAUGUAAUAAUUACAGUGUAAUAGUCAAGCCAGAACAAAAGAGAACAAAGACAUUACAGUGUAUUAGUACUAAAUAAACUAAAUAUUAUUUCAAAUGAUUUUGAAAACCACUCUAACGGUACAGUUAGAUGCGUUUUCGUUUAUUCUAGUUGCCAUAUGUAAGCACGCGUCUUGGGGAUAGCCGCUUGAGUAUCACUUAACCAGCUUUUUGGUGUUUGGACUUACUGUUUCUUGAUAGAUGUUCGGAGAUGUUUACAUUUGAAUCCAAGCCAAAGUUAUUGCAAAAAGAAUAUUACUUAAUAUACAUCUAUAUCAAUUAAGUUUGACUAUAAGAAAAUGGAAAAUGAUUGAAUGCCAAACACCACUGGUUAUGGAAAACAUGUCUUGUAUCUGUUAAUAACAUUCAGUGAGGCUGAAUUAAGUUUGUAGCGAGGCCCUUGUAAUGAAUGAACGCAUUUUUGAUUAUUAUAUAUAUUAUUAUUGGCCAAACUUUGUUCAAUUUUCAAUUUUCUUAUAGUCAAACUUUAUCGAAAUAGGUGUAUAUUAUAAACCAUGAUGAUUUUUAUUACCAUAACGUUAGAAUGAGCUUAGAGUGCAAACAGUAAAACCGUGAGAGAUUAGUUAGUAAAUAGAACUACUUUGUACAAUUUAGUGAAAAUAGUUGAACUAGAACGCGAAUAUUUAGUAAAAUAGUUGGACCGUGACUUUGGCUAUUUAUUUUUUCUUGUCUCACUGUUUCGGUCGAGCGGCAACACUCUUUUGUGAGGGAAAUUGACAAUUCACUAUUUAGUAAUUGUACAAAAUAGUACAAUUUAGUUUUACUAAUCUUUUACGCUUUUACUGUUUGCACUCUAAUUUUUUUUCAGCAUUUCAAGUAUUUUGAAUACAUAUCGUUUUUAUAAUUGUAAUUUUUAAUAAAUGCGUUGAGAUAA